CUGUACACAACACUUCUCUUCAGGAACUGAAACAGCAGCUGUGUUAGAUCGGUCUCGUCGAGGUGAUCUGAAGAUUAUUCUCUGGUAUACUGAACACCUCUUCAGCGCAUCUCAUUAAAAUAGCCAUUUUCACACCAACCAGCGGUCAACCUUCAGGGUUGUUAUUCAAAGGUCUGAACAUGGUCAUCUGCUCAGUUUUUCUCUGUCUGGCAUUUUUGACUGCGGGUGGUGUGUUUAGUGUUGAUGCGGAUGACAUGCAGUCAGUGUCAGUGAUGGAGGGAGAAAAUGUGACUCUACACACUGAUGUUUUUAAACAGAGAGAUGACAAGAUAAUGUGGUAUUUUGGGCCUGAAAACACAUUUGUUGCAAGAAUGAACGGAAAGGCCAGCAGCACCAUGUAUUCAGAUGAUGAGAUGUUCAGAGACAGACUGAAGAUGAACAAUCAGACUGGAGAUCUCACCAUCACACACAUCACAUCUCAUCACUCUGGACUUUACACACUGAAGAUCAGCAGCAACAAUAAAGUCUCAUACAAGACAUUCAAUCUUACUGUCAGUGGUGAGUCUCUCCUGUACAAAGGAAAUGACAUCAGCAAUACAAUCAGCAAACAGACUGAAGAUCUCGACACUGACAACCGUCACACGUGUUCAGAUUCUCCUCCCAUGUGGGUCAUAGUUGCAGUUGUCAUUGCUCUUGUGAUCUGUGUGAUCAUCAUAAACAUCAUCAUCGUUGGCUACAAACGCAGAAGAAUGUCUUAUAAAGCAAGCGUUUCAGAGACAGUAUAUGCUCCAGUGAGUGAUAAAGGGAGCAGCAUGUCCAGCAGCUCAUCUGAACAGUCAAACUCUUCAAUGUUACCAAAUGAACAGGAAAAAAAGCUCAUGCUGUACUGACUAAGACACUGUGAAAUGUCCACCUGCUGGACCACAUACAGUAUAUUAUAUCCCUCCCUUUACCUGUAUUCUUUUCCUGUCCGAUGGAUCACCACCUUAUCGCGGUGGAUGGGUUUGAGUGCUUCAGUAAUCCUUUGUGCUUUGUUGUCUAAAGCAUUAGCUCCUGGUGAUGACACCCUAGACAAAUUGAUCCCAGGUGAGAGGCCAGACGAAGAGUGGUCCAAAACAUUCCUUAAAGUGA